AUGCAUUUUGAUGGAGCCGUCAAUUUAACUGGUAAUGAGAUUGGAGUAGUACUUGUUUCCCCAGAUGGGAGACAUUUUCCAAUAGCCAUUAAGCUAAGGUUUGGUUACACAGCCAACGUAGCAGAGUAUGAAGCCUACGUGAGUGGUUUACAAGCAGUCAUUGAAAUGAAGAUAAAGAAAUUAGAGGUGUAUGGGUAUUUAGCUUUGAUCAUUCACCAAGUUAAAGGAGAAUGGCAGACUAAAGACCCGAAACUGAUCCCAUAUCAAAAAUAUCUCCACGAACUAAUCAAGGAAUUUGAGGAGAUCUCUUUCACUCACUUGAGUCAGGACAAGAACAAUUUUGCUGAUGUCUUAGCUACCCUAGUAGUAAUGACUCAGAUGGAGGAAGGGCAAAUAACGGAAUAUCCUCCUGGGGCAAGCAAGAAUGAAAGGAGAAUGGUCAGAAGAUUAGCAAUGGGAUACUUCCCUAGCGGAGAAGUCUUAUACAAAAGAAGCUCCAAUGGUGAAUUGUUGAGAAAGGCAGUGAAAGGGAGUGUGAUAGCUGACCUCCUGGCUGAGAAUCCAAUCAAUGAUUAUGAAGCCCUAGAUUUUGAAUUCCCAUACGAAUAUAUUAACACAGUGAGCAAUGAUGCUGAAUGCCUAAAUGACGUGUGA